AUGGAAUCUUCUUUUGAUACGUUCGACUUCACACGAGUGUCCGACGACACGAUACCAACUGGAGCUUCUCAAGGCUCGAAGAAUCAGUACUCGAACCACAGCAUCUUUCAACCCGGAGGUGCACACUGGCGAUGCGACCAUUGUGCAGAGAGUGUGGUUUAUUCGCGGGUUAAUGGAUAUGGUCAAUAUGUGCGCAUGUGGACAUGUUGCCAAUGCGGGUUCUCAGAGAAUCGUGUCUCGCUCUGGGCUGCAUGUUCGAUGUGCGAUUACAGUAAUGUCUGGAAAAUAUACGCCUUCCAAAAUCCUUCGAUAUUCCAACAUGGAGCCCAAAACGCCAUAGAACACGAAGAGAAUUUUGAGACUUCGCGUGUUGUUUGCGAUGGAGUGCCAGCAGCGGAGAGUUCCGGGACAGCCUUUGCGACAGAUGAUUUGGUCUCUACAGUUCAAACAAAUCUGGCUCUCUCUCAACCCUUUCUUCAGGACGAACUGUUGGAUAAUGUAGUGGUGCGUAGCGAGCUCGACGGUAUCAAUGGGCUCAUGUCUAUAUAUUCUAUUGGAUAUGAUAGCUUGGUUGGUGGUAUAGCGGAUUCCAACGCCCAACGUCAGCCAGGAGUUCCAGAAUCAUACGAUAUCGACGGGCCGUUCGCUGCACGUCAUUGUAGCGAUACCGAAGUCAUGACGAGUCUCCCAAGCGAGGAGUCGACAUCAACAGAAUCUGUCACAGCAGAUAGUCUGGCAACGUCUACUUUCAGCGAGAAGAUAUUGCGGAAUUUCGACAGCGGUUACGGCGCUUCAUGUAACACAUCCAGAGCAGACACCACAUCGCGCAAACGCUCAAACGAAUUUGACCAUCGAACAGCACCUACCGUAGCCACCAGCCGUGACCAUUCAAAACCACCACCUUGUAAGAAAACCCGACGUCGUCGUCUAGAUACCCUCAACCUCCGUCUCGCAUGCCCUUUUUACGUACGCAACCCCUACCUUUGCACGCACGACUCCUGCGCAAGAGGAUCUCUCAGCAUCCACCGACUAAAAGAACACCUCGAGCGUGUGCACCUCUAUCACACCUGCUCACGAUGUGGUGAUACAUUCCCCGGAAAGAAAGCAGGAAAAGAGAGUCUAGCUGCCCAUCAGCGGACCACUCAGCCUUGCCAGCUUCUCACCAACCCGAAACCUGAUAUCUGGGGUAUAUCCUACUCGACCUUCGAGACGAUGCGUUCCAAGAAAGGUAUAACAGGGAAGCCGGACGAUGAACGAUGGCGAGGAAUUUAUCGGAUUAUCUUCCCAGACGCCGAGAAGGAAGAGAUGACAACGCCAUACGUCGACACAGAGCGCACAGGUCUCCCUCAUCAACUCGAAAUUGCUUUGUUAACGCAAAACCAGGCUGUCGACAAAUUCUCGAGGGAACUUCUUCGUAUCCUACCUGCCAGACUGGAUGUAGCUGUUAAAAGUCAUUGCGAUGAUAGUAGAUUAGCGGCGAUGUGGAGCGAGUUUGUGAAUACCCACUUACAUAAUGUGCUGAGGGACACCUUCACUGAUGUCACAUCUGCGGAGGAUAAACAGCCAUUUGUAGCAUUGCAAACUUCUAAGGAAGGGAUGUGUGGGGAAGUAGAUGAUGCCUUCUCUUCGAGUUUGCAGGACUUUAUAGAUAUGGAUGGAGGGUGA